AGAGUACAGGGGGACAUCCACACAGGAGGAGACCUUCCAGGAUGAUUGUGAAAAAAGCAUUAAAAACAUCCCUGAUGUUUGAUGAGUCCUCCAACAUGAAAUUAGGCGUGAACAAUCAAAAAGACGUCAAAACGUUUCAAAUCUUAGGGGCGAUUCUGACCCUUGGUCUUGUCCUGAUGGCUUUUUACUUCCUGAGUAUGGACAGCACAGUUGAUGGUAAUGGAGAAGAAGCAGCAGCUGUCAGCAUUUACAGAAAUGUGGAGGAGGAAGGACUGUACAGAGAUCUCCCAGAGGAAGAAGGACUCUAUGGAGAUCUCCCAAGAGCCACAGCAACUGAGGAGGGCACCAACAGAUGCAAUGACUCCUGCAGCUUUGAACUUGUGGAAAAUGUUCCUUAUGACUUACCCUUCGAGAUAAACAGCACUGCAGCCAAACCCUUGUACCAAGCCUGGACAAAACUGCUUGAUCUAGCCCAGGAAAAAGUGCACGUGGCCUCUUACUACUGGUCUCUCACUGGGAAGGAUAUUGGUGUCAAUGACUCCUCUUCCAAGCAGGGUGAAGAUAUUCUGCAGAGGUUUGAGAGGUUACUCGCAGAGAAUGUCUCUUUGUAUAUUGCAGCAAGUUCACCAACUCUGGCUACAAAAUCAACGGACCUUGAGCUUUUAGAAGAAAAAGGGGCUCAUGUGAAGAAGAUUGAUUUUGGACAUUUGACAAGAGGAGUGUUGCAUAGCAAAUUCUGGAUAGUAGACAUGAAGCACGUAUACAUUGGUAGUGCAAACAUGGACUGGAGAUCUUUAUCUCAGGUGAAAGAGUUUGGUGCUGUGAUGUAUAACUGCAGCUGCUUGGCCCAAGACCUCUGGAAAACGUUUAGUACCUAUUGGGAUGUUGGAUAUCCUAAUGCUACCAUCCCAGCCCCUUGGCCUCUCAAUUACUCAACCCACAUUAACAAUCAUCAUCCUCUGGAAGUAGAAUUUAAUGGAAUCUUGACAAAAACCUAUUUUUCUGCUUCCCCUCCAGCAUUUUGUCCAGAAGGUCGUACCCAUGACCUCUAUGCUAUACUCAGUAUAAUCAGUCAGGCACAGAAGUUUGUCUAUGUUUCUGUUAUGGAAUAUUUCCCUACCAGCCGUUUUGUUCAACCAAAAAGAUACUGGCCAGCCAUUGACAAUGCCCUCAGACGUGCAGCUUUCAACCACCGGGUGCAGGUCCGGCUCCUGGUCAGCUGCUGGGCCUACACGGACCCCGCCAUGCUCCACUACCUGAGGUCCCUGCGUGCCCUCAACAACCCACACGCCCACAUCAGUGUCGACGUGAAACUCUUCAUUGUUCCUGUUCUCAAUCACACAAACAUUCCUCAUGGGAGAGUGAAUCACAACAAAUACAUGGUCACUGAUAAAGUAGCCUACAUUGGGACUUCCAAUUGGUCAGAAAACUACUUCACUGAUACAGCUGGUGUGGGACUAAUUAUCAAACAGAAUUCGACCGACCUGCAAAGAAGACAACAAUGUGUCCAGGAACAGCUGAAAGAUCUUUUUGAGCGAGACUGGAAUUCCAAAUAUGCGGUGAAUCUGGAAGAUGUGCAGGGACAGAAAGACUGUAACUGGGAUUAGACCUGAAGUGAAUUGAAAUGUGCACUUAAAAUAGAAACAAAAAAAAAAUAUUUGAAUCUUGUGCAGGUGCAAAUCAAGGAAAUCUCUUCUUUUUGUCUUUGUCAGAGAAAUCACUUCCUCGUGGCAUCCACAUUGGUGACAGGAGAAUUUCUGACAGUUGACUCUACCUGCAAAACCACUAGUCAGUGUGUGAUUGAUUUUUUUGGUGUGAUUACCUCAUUGCAGAGUUAAUGAAAUCCAUACAAUGUUGUAUGACAAGCUGUCUGACAUUAAAGCAAACAUCAGAGACACAGAUCA